AUGGACAUUGAAAGUCAAAAUGCAUCUGAUGCUAGUUCUAAGAGAAUUGAGAAGUCAUCAAGGAGGGUGUGGACACAGUUGGAGGAGAAGGCUCUCCUUGACAAGAUGAAAGGGUUGGUUGCACAAGGAUGGAGGAGUGAGGGAGGAUGUCGGCCAGGUUUCAUGACUCAAUUGGAACAACAUAUAAUUGGCAUGUUCCCCAGCAUUGAUAUUAGGACUAGGCCCCAUAUUGAGUCUAAGAUCCAGUUAUGGAAACGUCAACAUGUCGAACUAUUUUCUAUGAUUGGGAAGAGUGGGACUGCGUGGAACCCUGACACAAAAAUGCUUGAAGUGACCGAUGAGGUGUGGGAUGCUUAUGGAAAGGUUGAUAAACAUCUUAAGGGUCUUCAACGGUGUCCAAUUUCGUUAUAUCCCAAUUGGUGUGAGGUAUUCGGACGAGAUAGAGCCACUAGGGAGCAUGCUCGGGACUUCGAGUCUAUCUUGACUGAAGUGAACCUUGAUACUCGAAAUGAAGAUAACUUGAAUGCCCAAAUGAAACAAGUACAUGAGGCGUUGAGCGAGCUGCUCGAGCUAUGUGAGUGGGAUCUGGUAAGGGUUGGUCAACGUCUUGCACAUAGCGAACAAGACCUGGAGUAUUUUUUCUCCCUUCCAACCUUUGCUAGACUUGUGUUUGAUAAGACUCUGACAAUGUAUGGUAGGACUAAGACUUUAAAUGUUGGUAUUUUGGAUUAUGUAUUGAUGUUGGAGAAUCUGCAGAUGGGCUUGUGGAGUAAAGAGAGUGAUGGGAGCUGUAGUAAUGCCCAGAUCCUGAUACCUGGGAAAAACAAGAUCUAUCCAGACCCUAAGAAGGCAGAUGGCCUCUUGGAAGAAGUUUCUCUUAUUGGAAGGAGUGGCCUAGAUACUGAAAAUCUGCUUGUGACGUCCCAUGGAGAUAAUAAUGGUAUAGAUACUGAACAUGAUCCCUGUGUGCAUAAUGCAAAGAAGCUUAAAUGUGAUGCCACUAGUAGUAAUCAGGCUAUGGGUCAGACAUCUGUUACCAAGAUUGGCAAGAUGAAUGAAGCCAAUGUUGUUGGUCUACAGCCUGAUCAUCUACAGAGUUCUCAUAACAACAACAAAGUGCCUCAUGGCAUGUAUAAAGAUGGAUCGCGUUCCAAUCUUCGCCUAUUUCCAGCAAAGGAUGAUGGCAAGAACCGUGCGGAGAAGGGAAUAUCAGCUGGUGGAACCUACAGUGUUCUGAAUCAGAAGCGUGGCCAUGUGUUUAAGGAAUUGCAGAGGCCAGGCACACCCCAUUAUAACAUCAAGGCAUACCUUCCUGUUAUUGAAACAUUCGGGUUCUCAAGCACACUCAGGGCAGCUACUUCUAGACAGGCCUUCCCACAGUGUGUGUUUGAUCAGUGGGACAUGAUGUCCUCUGAUCCUUUGGAAGCUGGCUCUCAGGCAGCGACUCUUGUGUCUGAUAUUCGUAAAAGGAAGGGCUUGAAGGAACAGAUGACGCCUCUUUCCGAGUGCGAGGACAAGCUGUAA